AUGACAUGUACUAAAUGGCUUUGUUCUUUUCGGAGAUCAGGUAGAUCACGAAAAGAAUGCGACGACGAAGAUAGCUUGUGUAACAAGCCAAACGUAAAUGAAGAAUAUCUCCAAACAUUUAGAACUAACUCUUAUAUUGAAAUAUGCAACAAAGCAUCAAGACUCUCUUCCUCUUGUUCAACAUUUUCUCCUUCUCCUAUAUGCAUGAAUCUAACCGACUCUUUGCUUGAACCGCGACAAGAAAUCAUAACCAACAUGACACAAAAUUUUAAGGUUCAUCAUCUUAUAGUUGAUUAUUUCGAAGCUAGCUUAGAUGCGUGUCGUUGUUGUGACAUUAUCCUUGAAGGAAUUCACUCGACAAGACUUUCUUAUACAAGAAUCACACGAGUUGUUAAGCUGAGUAAUAGCGCCAAUGAAAAAACAAAGAAGGAUAAUAUACACAAAGAGGUUGCUUCAUUUCCAUCAAAACAAGAAAACAACUGUUUGUCGGUUAUUAGUACAAUGCAGUUCCGUGACAGUCGCGAUAGGUUCAUUGAACUUCUUCAAAGACUAACAUCAAAACGGAAGAAAAUGAAAAGAAAAUUAACAUUGAUUAGUGUGUGCAAGAAAGUUGGAGGAAUUGCUCUUGUUACUUCACAUGGUGCUAUUCUUAAUGCAGCCGCGAAAGGGGUAUUUAUAAUGAUCAAUGAUUUGGAUACUAUGAUUAGGAUGGUGAAGAGGCUGAAUGACGAGGUGGAACAUAAGAAAAUGGUUGCUGAUGUUUGUGUGAGGAAUGUUGGUAGUAAAUGUGAUAUAUUGAAGCAGGUUAUGGAUGAGUUUAGUGAUUAUGAGAGUAGGUUUUUGGAGCAAUUGGAAGAACUUGAAGAACAUGUUUACUUGUGCUUUCUUACAGUAAACAAAUCCAGAAGACUUGUUAUGCAACAAAUUAUAUAG